UAAAUCGUCCAACGACAGAAAAGACGCAAACAUGGAGCUUGGAAUAUAUGUCGUCUGCUUCAUCUCCUGCGUCAGCGCCCGGAUGAACGUCUUGUUCCUGGUCGCCGAUGACCUGCGUCCAGAGCUGCCCAUGUACAAUGGCCGCUACCGUCCAUCUCAAGUCCAUCCACCAAUUCACGCCCCGAAUCUAGCAGGCCUCGCCAGUAAAAGCAUGGUCUUCAAGAGGGCAUAUACCCAGCAGGCUCUAUGCUCCCCGAGCCGUACCUCCCUGCUGACUGGGCGCCGUCCUGACACCACCCACGUGUAUGACUCUAACACCUACUUUAGAGACGCUGCCGGUAACUUCACGACCAUUCCCCAGUUCUUCAAGAACCACGGCUACCACAGCAUUGGAGCUGGUAAAAUAUUCCACCCGGGCAAGGCUUCAGGAGGAAAUGAUCCUGCCUCGUGGUCUGAGACAUAUUAUGAUGACUCUUAA